AAAAAGCCAAAAUUUGGCGUAUCUCAGUAUUUGAUGGAUGUAAGAUCAGAAGCAUGCGCAGUCGAUUAGUUUUGCUUAUUAUCCGGGGUAUUCGCUGUUGUAUUAUGACAACACGUGAAACGCACGUGGACUUUGAAUAAAUUCCAGGGUGCAUGCAGAUUGUAAACGAGUUCCCUGCUAGCAGAGGUCUCCCACAACGAGGCAAAAAUUUUUGCCUCGUCGUGAGAGACCUCUGCUACCUUUUUUCAUUUUCUAGAUGUCAUUAUUUACUUGUGGAAGUAUUCAUCAAUGUCUCCAUCCAGAGCGUUUUAGUGAUGAAUCUCGUGGAGGACGGGAGGAUUAUAUGUUUGGCUGCUCUUUUUGCCGAUUCGCAAAUGCAUAUGGAGGUGCGAAGAUACCGAUCAGAUCCUCCUUUUUGGAAAUAGCUUUUUUCUCUGUACAUUCAGCAGUAGUGAAGUGCCAGGCAAACAUACCUCCAUUCGGAUUUAACUGCCGACUCUGGCUUGCUUGUCUCGGGAGAAAAGACUGGACGGUACGAGGCAUUAACCUGAUUAACCAACCUUGCGUCUAAAGCUAACUUCGAUACAUGCAAAUCAAAGUAUUAUUUUCGCCCGUUGAGGCGUUAAAUUUGAUCGUUAUGUCAAAAUCUGUACAUGUCGAGUUAAACAAUUCAGCUGAUAAUUUGACCAUUAAAUUACAUUUGUUCGUUGAGGCGAAAGAAAUAGCUUGGAACGUUGGAUUCAAAAUGUAUAUCGCUCUUUGAAGCUAUCUCCUUAUGGCUAACCAAUCAACUUAACGCAGGCUACCGUUAGGUCCAAUUGUUUGCUUUAUAUCUUCUCGAACACCACAUUAAACUGUCGUUCGCCCAUUGACCUUGAUUAUUGCUGAAAAUGUAUUAGUAAUGCUUUCUCACCGCCAUUCGCGAAUGGGCAAAAAUUGUUGAGAUAAAAGAGCAGCCGAACGCAUUAAAAUCUCUUGUCUUCCUCGGGACUCACCACUUAACCGUUUGUGACCUUGAUGAAUACUUCCACGGCAAAUAAAGAAAUCUAUAAAAUAUAUCAAAAGGCAAUUCAUUGAAACUCAGGCCUCGUUUUUCAUCUGCUUGCACUCUGGAAAUUUACUAGAAGGACUCUUCCCUUUUAUACUUCACAAAUACUCAAAAAUAUCAUAUUUAUUUCUUUUAAAUACUAAGGCUUACCCACCCUAAUUCGCAAAAUGUAUUUUCCGUAUUUUCUUCCGACUCUGACGCCAGCACUUACUUGCAAGUUGAAACUCCUAGUAAAUAUGUUAGUCAGUUUUCUGACUUGUCUGAAGGUGAAAUUACAUCAAAGCAAAACACCCCUGAGCCCAGUUGUUCGAGGGACGAUUAGCGCUUAAAUUUUCCUUGUGUUCAAAAGCAUCUUCUCGGAUAAUUUUGUUCCAAUCAUCAACUUGUAGACAAAAAGAAUUAAAACUGAAAUGUUUUUUAAGCUUGCAAAUCUGAAUUCAAAUCUCGCACUAACCCUGGGAUAUCUUAACCCAGCUUUGAACAACUCGGCCUUGGAAGAUAUUAACCCGUUCACUUAGCUGAAGGAUUGCCCACAAAAUGUCAGAAUUGUGACUCGAAUGUCUAUUCUCUACACUCUACUCGUAUCUCUGUCACUCUAGUCUUUGCCUACGGCUCAAUUAGACGUUAUCGUUCGACUUCUUAGUCGCCAGAAGAGCCCGGAGGCCGCGCCCUAUAUAUACAGGGAGGCUUGAGGGAGAUGAAAGGGUAGAGAUUUCACUUGCAACAUUCCAGUGAAACUGUUUCCAUUUCAGCUACCAACGGCAUCUAUUUGGAAAGAUGGGACCGGAUAGAUUACAAGCGUGUGAAAUUCCUCCUCAUGGACUCUCGUUAUCCAAUGCUGCCAUCGAAAGCAAUAUGUCUUCCUGAUUUCCAGCAACCGCAGCGUUGAGCUGAUUAUUUCGGUGCUCGAGCAAGGACGUAUUUUGCUCCACAGCAGACUGGAAUUUACUGCUUCAUGCUUUGUGAGGGCAUUUAAUUUGAUUCCAAAAAUUUGUACCUUAAUCUUAAUUAGGCAUGCAAGAAAGACAAGUUUAGUUUCAGAAAAAAAGAGAUAAGGGGAUAAUGGGGUUUACGGUUGAUCGAAGUCUUUGAAGACAAGCACAGCAGUAGAUCGGUGAAUACUCAACAGUGCAACUGAACAUACCAAACUGAUUCGUAUCAUUGGGGUGAUUGACCAAUGAAGGGGUUUGAUCCAGAUAGGCAAAUGUUAUGCAGUCUGCGUGACAGGCGCUGUAUAAUCCAAUCAAGGCGAACGCGGCAUUUUGCGCUUCGCGCAUUUGCCGCGUAUGCCUCACUUGGCUGAUAAAGCGCCUGCUAUGCAGGCGAAAUACUACGCAAUGGAAUUGUAGUUAUUAGACAUGCGCUUAUGCGUUUGCAUAAGAAAAGAGUUCAUCUCCCACAGGACUGGUUUGGGACACACCAACAUGGCCGCCGUUUUAUUGUUAUGGGACACCAACAUGGCCGUCGUGACGUCAUGUGAAAACACUCUAUAGGGACUAGGCAAGUUUACACUUACCGCACAUCCUCUAUUAAGCCGCCCCUAGGGGGGCUUAUUUAUUUCAAGCCCAUUUGAGGGAGUGGGGGGGCUUAAUGGAGACGGAAGGCUUAUUUGAAAGGGGGGGCGGCUUAUUUAAUUUAGAAACGACAAUGGUAUUAGUUCUCCAUAAAGAAUUAGAAUACAAAGUGGAAAAGCUGAAGUACAAGAAAUUUAGGUCAUGCAGCCAAGGAUCAGAAUCAAGUCCAAUCUUCCAAUUGGUAAAUAUAAGCCAUCCUGGGUCAGUCCACACGACGUUUUGCAGUCGUGGUUGAUUCAUACAGUCUAGCAUUUAUUAGUGAAGAAUAAAUAGGGGAGGGGAGGGGAGGGCGGGCAUAUUAACUUUUUUCCACUGAAAAGCGGGGGCUUAUUAGAGAGGGGGGGCUUAUUUGAGAGUGGGGCUUAAUAGAGGAUUUACGGUAUGUUUACCAUCCAGUGUGACAUCGAAUAUAUAUCACCGGACGAAAAAAUGGAUUUGCACAAAUUUGCUCCUAGCAAAUAUCUCGCAAAUAUUUAAACACUGAGGUGUAAAUAUAUGGCAAACAUGGUAAAAGUUGUACAAAUCCAUUUUUUUACCCACGGUAUAUAACGUGUGCAUCUAAUUUCUCUCAGCAUCAGACGCCGGUAGUGAGCUUUAUAUUAGAACCAAAUGAUAAACGAAGAUGAUGAUGAUGAUGAUGAUAAAUACUUGAUUGGUGGGAGGCAAACCAUUAUGAUGCCAGUUGGCUAUUUUAUGAGCUUGGCCGCCGACAAUUGGAACUCGGGAUUACCGAGAACAAAUCAAUCUGGCGGUCAGGGCGGGACUUGAAAUCUGUAAAUAACAAGUCCAGUGCUUCAGUGACCUCCCAGCGUGGGCUGAUUAAGAUGUCAGAGUGCAGACAAUGGUUGGGAGGAAGAUUUCUCUCGAUUCAGCGGGAUGAGUUGUCGAAGUCUGGGAAUGAUGCAUAUUGUUAUUAUAAUAACAAUGCAUAUUAGAAUCCUUCGAAUCGACAACUUCAUUAAGAACCUAUUGUGACAAUACGCUGGAAAUUUCUUUCCCCCCACGUAAAGAAAUCCGAACUCCUGAGUCCCGGAAAUUUUUGCCUGUGGAAUCUGGAAUCCAGAAAUGCUUUCUUGUAAAUCUGGAAUCCUGGCUUUCUGUAGUAUCUGGAAUACAGCUCAAGGAAUCCGGAAUCCCGGUAACGAUUGGAAUCCGGAAUCCAAGUUCCGCUGACAAGAAUCGGGAAUCCAGUCCCUGGAGUCAGGAAUCUGUAGCUUGGAAUCGACAAUCCAAGACUGUCUUGGAUUUCCUUAUCUGACAAUCGGACGUAAUCCUCUCGGUUGUGUAUUCCCGCUUACGGGACAAGAAAUAUGGAAGAGAAUUUUUUUUUUUUAUGAAAGAGGCAAACAGAUUCAAGUUGACUAUUGGUAAAAUCAGGAAAGGGGACAGUUAUGUCUAUUUUGACAACUCACGAUCUCUAGUGUUUUAAUUCCUAGUUGACAACGAUUUGAUUCAUCCGUACGACGAAUGAGAUGCAUUUUUCCACUGUCGAAUUAAAACGUUUUUUCAUUUGUAUGAUUCCGUGGAAUUAACAACUUCUCAACGGCCCAGUUUAUCAAUUGAACACUCCUUUGGGGGCGCUAUUUAUCCAUUCAUAGCGGCCAAGAAACGUAUUUUUCGGGCUUAUAUGUCACAAGUGUGAGUGUGAUCUAUUUGGAAGCACUGUUAACGUCGAAAAGUCAGGAUCGAACAGAAAAAAACGAAACAAAACAAGCAAACAAACAAAAACACGCACAAAGUAUCGAGUAGUUAGCAAAAGCUGCUGGACAGAGAAAAUAACGAUUGGGCAAACUGGAACAACCUAACGUCAUUUUGAAAUCAGUAUUCAGAGAAACACAAUGAAGAGCCAAUCAAUUUUUUCCUUACCAGAGGCACAAUGCCAUCUAUUUCCAAAUAGCUGGGAAGCCGAGGCAAACAACUUUUCACGCAGAGCAGCAAACCUUGAGCAGUACAUGCACGAAAUAAUGUUUCGCAUCUUUAACAGGUGAAUAGAAAACAGCUCAGGCUACUGAAGAAGUAGCCUUUGGCAGAUUUUGAUAGAUAUAUAGUUUUAGGCAAGCCUAAAAGCGAAGCUUCAAUCGGUUUUUAUACUUUUAACUAGGGGUACCUUCCGGCAAGUGCCAACGAGGCGAAUUCGUUUAUCUUUUGUGAAAUGUGCCUAUUCAGAUCUUCGCGAUAUUUUUUUUCAUAAUUUUAGAGGUUUAAAAUGGAUUCCGCUAUAGAAAAGGAUGGCACCCAACUUCAAAACAACAACCUUGGCACAUUCUAGGCUUUCACUUUUAUUAAACAAUAACAACAUGGCUUGAAGCUUUGUUGGAAAAUAUGAGCACGUUAGCACUUAUGUUUCAUGGAAAAUUCCAUUGUAUCAAAGCUAUAAACGUUAGAAAGAAAAAUAUAGUUCAAAUGAGGCCUUUGACUGAUGAAAUUAAAAAUAAUAAGUAAAUUCCAAGCAACAGCGUCAUCAGGGAUAAGAAAAAUAUUUCGCGAGGUAAUGUACAUAAGAUAAAAUAUGGUGUAAAGUAAAAUAUGUGAAAAGCGCGCAAGAAUGGGGCGGAAUGUAUUAGAGGUGUAAAAAAAUAAACUUGAAUAAUAUACAAGUGAGCGAGUGUCGCAGGACAAAGAGUCUCUUGAAAGGCAUAAUGUUAGUAUGAAAAACAGAAGGUACGCACUGAAUUCGUUGCAUUCCUCACGGGAGUUUUGGGCUGUCUCAAUGUGAAUCAAGCAGAAAAAAACAUGCUGGUUGACAAAAUUUGCUGGGUUACGCAAAAUUUGAGAGUUUUUGCCUACAUUGCGCGGCGUUAUAAAUCUGCCGCUGAGUCAACCUCGCUUCUUAGCUCGGUUGCCUCGUUGGCAAUUAACGAUUAUUGGAUGAUAAAGGGAUGUUCAGUUCUGCAAUUAUUCUCCAAAUAGCAAAAGUCGUCGGUCCAAUUGUAGUCUUGUUGUUCUUGCUAUGUUUUGAGGCAUGCAGUAGUUAGCUUAUUUCUUCUUCGCGAAACGCGUGAAAUGUUCCGCCAUUUUCUACUGCUCUACCAAAACAACUCAACCUCGUCCCCAGGACUUGUCAUCGCAAACGUCAACGAUGGCUGUUUAUGGAGAAUCAAACGUGGGAUUUGAGCCAAUCAGAAAGUGAGAAAUAUUUGGAAUGAAUAAAUUAAAGAAAUUCGAUCGCAGAACCUCAUGAGUUCAGGGUAAGGGCAAGUAGUAGAAAUAAAGAGAGACGAAGCCAAGAAAGAAAAAAAAAAGAUAAUCGAAGAUAAUAAAUAAUUAACGAAAUGAUAGGUUUAUCCAAGAUUCAAACUCGAAACCCUUACUUGCUAAGUAAGGUACGUACUUACCACGACGCUACGUAAUGAACCAGAUAUGAGCCUCAAGUGAAAACGCAGUUUAAAGCUGGUCAAGCCGUAUUAAACGUCAAGCAUGAAUUCAAAGUUGUAUUUCAGGAAAAAAGCAGGGUUUUGACUUUAGAGAGCCGAAUUUGGACCCCUUUUUUGCGUUCGAAGAACAAAUGCCCUGUAGAGCCGAUAUACGAUAAAACUCGAGUGCUAAGUAAGACGCAAAAAAAAUGUUCUCUACCUCGAUUUUCGGUCUUAUUUUGAAUUUAACGGCCUAAAUCGCGUCCAUUUCUCUUUAAAGUACCUCCACAGUCGAAAUUCAUCGCCAAAAGCAUCUCGUGGCCGCUAAAAUGGCGUUUUUUGCGGGGUUUUGCUAGGUAACUGUGGACACCCGUGAGCCCGUUAUAUUGCCGCCUUGUGUUUCAGGCUACCUCGCUGGAGAUCCAUGCGUCAAAGAUUCAAGCAUGCAUGCGAAUUCCGACAAAAACAUGUAAAACUCGCAUGGCGAGGAACUUAAAAGUAAAGACUGACUUUGUUCAUUUCGAUGUAAAAUUAGUUACUUUUUUGUUCUUAUGAACAGAUCAAAACUUCUCCUACCAAGCCAUUUUGCUUAAGGUAGCCGCGGAAGCUGGUGCGAAGGCUGGACUAUCUUUUGGCGAAAGAUGGGCCAAGAAAACAGGCGCAAAAGCAGGAGCUAAAGCUGGUGCAAUGGCAGGAGUACAAGCUGGAGCAUGGGCUGGAGGAACUGCAGGAGAAAACGCAGCCAUCAGAAUGAUCACAAAAACACUGGAGGAUGGGUUAAACAAUCUUCAUGGUAACGACGGGCAUAAAUAUAAGAUUAACGUAGUGGAUGGUAACGUGGUCUCAGUCACUGGACCUGGAAUGACGGGAGCUAGUGCAGCUGCAGGAGCAGCAGCGAAUGCUUGGGCUGGAGGGACUGUCGGGGUAGGUGGGUCUGGUGGGGCCGGCGGAAGUGCAGGCUCGGCUGGAACUGCUGGAACAGGUGGGACGGCUGGAGCUACUGGUAGUGGUGGAGCUACGGCAGCUGCAGGAAGUGCAGGUGCAGCGGCAGGUGCUGCUGGGGGAGCCGGGGGAGCCGGGGGAGCCGGGGGAGCCGGGGGAGCCGGUGGAGCCGGUGGAGCCGGAGGAUCAGGGGGUGCUGUAGGUGCUGGGGCUACUGGGAGCACCGGUACGGGAAGUAGCUCGUCUGGUGGUGCUGCAGCAGGAGGUGCAGCCGCUGCUGGCGGAGGAGGCUCUCAGGUUUCCGGUGCUGCAAGUGUAGGCGUUGGAACUGGAAGUGCUGGAACAGGCGGAGCCAGCUCUGGCACAAUAAAACCUGCCAAAGUGACGUAUAUACCAAAACCAGGAGAAGAUCCACAAUUAAUGGCACUUAAUUUGGUCUGGAAGGCCGGGGGAGCGAGGAAAAGUAAGUCAGAUAAUGUUAUCGAUACCAGCAAAUUAGAUUUUGCUUUGGGAAACCCGCUGUUUGAAUAGACGGUGUAGCUGUUUUUACAAGACCAUUUUUACGUUUAAAAUAAUUCUAUCAAAUUACUAAGAAUAAAUUCAAAUGCAAGUUUUGAAGAUAGAUAACGAGGCAAUAGUUAGUGAAUAGUUAUCUGAAUAGCUUGUAUUUGCCUUUGAAGUAUCAUCUUUUAUCAAUAAAUUGAAACCAUAGAAGAGAUGAAUUCAUCUUUCCACCAUUUCAUUCAUACAUCCAUGCAUACAUGCAUGCAUGCAUGCAUGCGCAUCUACUCUGAUUCAUUCAUUUAGUUAGUCAUUCAUGCAUGCAUGCAUUCAUUCAUUCGUUUACUGGGUUUUCAAAGUUUUUCAUAAUUUUUGGUGGUUCGAUCUUUACCUCUUCACCUUUGAGAGGCAUAAGGCUCAACAACCGCGGGUUAAAGUAAGAAAGAUAAACCUCAAACGAAUAAGCUUUCUUGCGCUCAACUAUGGAAUAAACUUCCAGAAGAUGUCAAGCUGGCCGAUAAUGUUAAAAUUUAAAAGUCUAAGCUAAGAUCAAUUCAGCUGUAAUUUUUAUAUUUUCAAUUUUUUUUGUAUUUUCUAUAAUUUUUUAUGUUCAUGUGUACAUAGAUUAUAGAUUAUAUGUUUAUUUUUUUAUACUAGAUAUUAUUAUCAUAAUUUUAGAUUUAAUGCACGUUCGUAUUUUGGACGAGCACUUGUACUCGUAGGCGAUAACGAGGUUAAAUAAAUUGUUGUUGUUGUUGUUGUUGAUAUAAGUAUAACUAGCAUUAUCUGAAUUAGUAGAAGUCAUAUGACUUAUAGUUUUCUAUUAAUAAAUUUUGCAAGUUGCAAUAAAUUGAUUAAUCUAUUAUUAUAAUAAUUGUUACCUUUUAGAGUUAUUAAAGCAAUGAAAUAUAAAAAGGAUUAUCCUAUAUAAAGAUUCGUUUAUUGUUGUUCUUGUACUUCUCUAUUAUUUUCAUUAUACUUAAAUAUGUCUUCCUAAAUUAUUUUUCAUUAUUUCUUUGUCUCAGUCGUAGCAAAUGGAAUGUAUACUUUUCAUUCAAUGGUUGCACCGUACAGCCAGGAAAAUGCCUUUCUCAACGAUUGCUGGAGAUCAAAAUAUGGUUUAUUCUACUUAGAUAAAGUUUGUCAGGUAUUUAUUACCCGUAUUCCUGCCUUGUCAAAAAAAGCCAGCACAUCGAGAGACACAGUUUCCUUUGAAUCUGCAUGUUGGCCAGGAUAUUUCUUGCGCCAAAAGAACUAUCACUUCAUUCUCCAAAAGAGAGACGGAACGGAACUUUUCGGUAGGUAUACAUCAUAAUCUUUUUCUUUUAAAUCCAAGCCGCGGGGUGUGGUGCUCCCUUAUAUAAGCUAUGAUAUGUAGGCAUGUGCGGCCCCAAAUGGUACAGUUUUUGUCACAAAAAUGGGUAUAGCUAUUGCCCAUUAUGGUCUAUAUAUCUGAAUACGGAUACGGUUUUAAAUGGAACCACGAGAACGUAUAAAUUUAUUAGUUAUUCAGCUAUAAACGUUUUUUUUAAGAUGAAUAAGAUCGUCUAGUGUCAAAUACCUCUUAAUAAUAAAUAAUACUUUUGUUGACUUCACUUGAACAAGGUAACCGUGGGAGGUACACCCAUAUAUGGGCUAUAUGGAUUUUUAGGGCGUCCAUCCUUAAAUAGGGCAUUAUUUUUACCCUUGUUUGCGUUGUGCUCGUCUAUCCUCCCUUGGUUCUCGGUGUGAUCCUUAGAAACGGUUCCUUACUAUAUCAGCUAAUAUAUAGAUUUAGCCAGGGCUAAAAGCGAAGCUCUGGUUAAUAGUACGUGCUAACAAAAAUUAAAUCGUCUAAUGCUCAACGGGGGCGACAAUGAAAAUGGCUUCAAAAAAACAAAUUGCACGUGCAGCACCCUUGUCCACUAAUUAGCGAAAAACAAAUAGCACGCUUUUUUGUCUUUCCCUUGCCGUUGUUUUGCACGACUGCAACGCUGUUUUGUACGAAUAAAACGUCAAACUUCCUUGUUACACAUUAUUUUUAUGGAGGAAUUGUUGUAUGUGCUCACCCAAUAUUUUUUUUCCUGUGUUCAUGCUCGCUUUUAUUUUUCACUGCCGCUCAUUUUCACCUUGCUGGCCGCUAGCAUUUCUCUUUUUCUCACUGCGUCUUUGAAUUUCCAUGUUUUUCUUCCUACGAAAUUCGUCACCUUUGUUUUCAAUAACUCGCUCUAGCUCUUUCUCUGUUAUCUACGUUAGUGUAAACAUAAAAAAUAGCGCAGAAAAAGACACGACUAUGUUGUUGUACGGGUGGCCAUGUGAUUUCCUUCCAAUAAAACCUUGAGUUGCAUUUGGGUUGCCAUACCUGUUCAUUGAGUUAUUUCACAUUGGUAUGCCUGUGGUAUGGACGGUCGCUCGCUCGAUGUACGGUCACGUGAUUACCAAAUUUUCUGGGAUGGGUAGAUUACCACAUUUCCUUAGUUGUGGGGCUCCGUCCACGAACGGCGCUUCGCGCCACGCGUGGAGCUCCGCUAAAAAUUCAAGUGCGUAUCACGUAUAUGCCCAUCAGCACGAGAAACAAAUCACCUGUUAAAAAUGAACUUUACUUUCGAGAAAUAGGAAAGCAAUUAAGGAAAGAUUCGUGUGUUUCCAUUACAGUCAAACCAGGUCAAGCGUUCCCGUCGCUAACGAACUAAUGAAUUCAUUCACGGAAAAAUGAUUUCGUUUGUUGAUUCAAUAAUCCAUUCAUAAAAUGAACAAUCCAAUAGUCAUAUUUAGCCUCGAUUCCAUAAUCGAAUGUUGAUUCGAUUACUGUUUUUUUGAAAAAUUACACUUUCCACAAGUUGACCUCAGAAUUUUGUUUUUUCCUCUUUUUUUUCUGAGAGUCGAGUGCUGGUGAGUUCUGAAGUUCAAACCCAAACAAACUGUUACAUGUAAGCCAGUUUGCUGCCAAUAAUCAGUGCAACAGACCUAGGCGUGACCUCUUAGAAAACACGACGGUCAAACUGAGGUCAGUGUAUGUGCGGUGAUUGGUGGAUUUCGAUCCUCGGCCUUUGUCAGUUUCUUUGCGCUUGCGGUCUGUCUAUUCUAGCUGUUAUUUUGAUUAAAGGCAAUGAAAAACGCAAUCGUAAACGGCAGGAAAAGGGAAGCAAAUACGAUUGAACACAACAGACAAGAAUAAAGAACAGGUAGAUUUUGUUCAUAAACCAAAUCAACAUUUGAUUAUUGAAUCGAGGUACAAUUUGACCGUUGGAUUAUUCAUUUUAUGAAUGGAUUAUUGUAUCAACAAACGAAAUCAUUUUUCCAUUAAUGAAUUCAUUAGUUUGUUAGCGACGGGAACGCUUGACCUGGUUUGACUGUAAAUAGGGUCAGGGUUUUUAAAAGACGGCACACACCUAUCCAAAAUUUAUGGAAUAACCGCCCUACCAGGAAAAAGGUAAUAGAUUGGCGAACAGAGAACAACUUUCAGAGGCUGGCCAGCUCUGAAAAAAGGAUAUGGGAAAAUGUUUUUGACUGAAAUAAGGCUAGGAUUUGGAAAACCGUGCGAAAGUUUCAAAGAGUAAAUUAAGUUUUUCCUCUACACUAAAGUUUCAGUUUCGCGAGCCGCCAUUUUCGUUCAUGCUUAGUAGCCUAGCCCUUUUAUCCGUGACGGUAUUCCGUCGAAGGUAAGCUGAUUGGCGGGAAGUUCAAGUGGAAUGCCUACUUUGAAGAAACAAAAGAAGCACGGGCUGAUUUUACAGUCGGGAAUAUAUAUUUCUUUUACCAAUAUUUCGGAAGGCAAGGCCUUCUUCUUCAGGGUCUUGCAUACAAUGAUAAGAUUAAGCUAAGACGUUAAAAUUUGAAAUAAAGAAUAGCUAGCCUGUACACGUACGUUGUUUUAUUUUUCUUUUCGUUCUUUUUGGAAAACAUCGGCGAGCAAGGGAUAGCGUGCAAUAUGAUAGUAUGAUAACAGGUGAAAAUUUAAAUUAGAAGAAAAGUGAACGUUAAAAGUACAGCUAUAUGAAAACAAAAACCGUUGAAUUAGUGAUAUGAAAGAAAUUUGAAAUGUAACAAUGGUAUAAAUAAAUGAUUACAAACGGAAAAACUUUAAAUUAUUCUGGUACAAGGAUUUUGUCCACUGAAUAUUAAAAUUACUCAAUUUCCUGGUGGAUUCCGUCUUAAUAUUUUAAUUGUUAUAUGUUAUUAAAUCCCCAGAUAAGGACAGUUCAUUUUUUGUCUACGACGUCGUGACGUACACUCGCAAUUUUCUCUUCAAUUCGAUGCACAAAGACUGGUAUAUCUGCGAGGAAAAUAAGGCUGAAGAUCGUGGAGUUCACAAAGUAAGUAAACUUGGUCUAGACUUUUACAGUGGUAACCCAGACGUUCUUCCACGUUGUGCCUUUAUACUCAACCCAAUAGAAAAAAAUGGCGACAAGUUUAGGAACUGUAAAAACUUUAUUGGGCCAGUGGAAACUCCAGAAAUAAGCGGACAGCCUCUUCCUCAUCCACCUCAUUUGGUUUCGAAUAAACCACCGUCUCCUUUUGGUCUACCAACCUGUAUACCAGUUUGCUCAGCGGGACCAACACAGCCUGGAGCUCAGGGAGGACAAGGGAGUAUAGGCCAAGCGGGUCCCGGCACCUCCGCUGCUGGAGCGAGUUCAUCACAUGGAGUUCAACCCUCAACAGCUGUUCAACCGUCUAACAAACGUAAGAGAUAAACGAUGAAUAUACGUACCUUCCCUUUGAUACAAAAAAAAAAACGAGUAAUUGCUGCCACCUAAUCAUACCCUUGAGCAAUCAAGGGAGAUGAUAAACAAAUGUGGUGUCAAAUGAGCGCCUAAAUAAAUUUUUUGAGUCGAGAGGAUGACUCAAAUAGGAAGGGGGACUCUUCGGUCAUAUUACGGUAUUUAUGGCUAUCACUUUCCGAAAGAAACAUCAAAUAAUCGCACAAAACCCACCUUUCCAAUAAGCAGCCAUUUAUCGAGCAAAAGAUAUUGUCCCGCUUUCAACUUUUAUUAAAAAUACAAAAAAAAAAUUAAUUAAAAGUGGGUACAGAUGGGGAUAAUUGGAGAAGGUUUAAACAGACUGCAUUCAGAUCAACUUGAUAAACAGUCUGACACUGUUCACUGUGAACUCACCCUCUCAAGAGGGUCAUAUUGACGUUAACCGUCAGACGACCGAGGACGUAACCGUCAACCAUCAAAAAGCUAAAUUUUUUAACGCAACCCAUCAAGGGCCCAUUUACAAACGAGUGAGAAAGAAAAUUAUUAUUUCACGUAAUCAUCAUCAUCGGUCGACCGGAAGAACAGUCGACUGUAAAUCGUCUGACUCCAACUGCGGUAUGUGUAUAAUUUUGUUGUAUGGUAAUGACGUCAUGGAAUAAUAAAAGAAGGUAACUGUUAACAAUUUUUAGCCUUUAACCGUCAGAGCAAACCCCCCAUUAUGACCCUUACUAUAAUGUACGUGACUCCGUUUAAAUAAUUGCCUCUGAAAUGUUUAAAAAUGGACUUUCCUGUAUCCGAGGCAGACCAUGGUUCACCACAAACUUGUUGCUUUUUAUCACAGCAUACUGUGUUGCGGUAAUCUUCGACAACAAUGUUGGCUCUCCUUUUACAUUGUACUCUUCUCUAAAACACGAGGGAUAUCUUGUCACUGGAUCUGGCUUUAAACUGAAACUUUUAAUAGAUCGACCAGAACUGCACAGCCACGUGACCUUCUACGCUAAAGACCCAGGUGGAAUUCGAGAAGACUUGUUAAAUGGGGAACCAAGUAUUUCAAGGCCUGUGGUUUCUAACUGUGAUUAUUUUUUCCCCGUGACUGUGACAGCCGAACAAGGCUCUUCAAGUUCACCUCCCGGAGCCCCGGUCACAUCUCCCCCUUCAUCUCUUCCCGGACAGUAUGCACCGCCAGCUGCACCGCCAGCUGCACCGCCAGCUCCAGCAGCCCCACCUCUUCCUCCGUCACCACCUCUUCCUCCUCCACCACCUCCUGCUGCACCUCCGCCUGCCUUACCACCUCCGCCAGUGUAUCCGGCUCCGCCGUCCCAACCUCCAUUAGCGCCACCAUCUCCUCCGGCUCCGUCCACAGCACCAGCACCCCAGCCGGCUUAUGCUCCACAUAGUCCGUCCAUUCAAGGUGCUCCUUCCAUGCCAAGAGGCAAGUAA